UUUGUUGUGCUUUCCAGAGAAUUCUUCAUUCAUUCUUCGUUGCGAGGUUUUUUUCCGCGAAGUGAGCCUAACCCUCAUAGGGUUACAAUUCAACAUGAGUGAAGUGACGGAAGAAACAUUAAUGAAGCUGAAGGUGGUUGAGCUGCGAGCUGAAUUGUCGCAGCGGAAGCUCCCCACCCAAGGAACGAAAGCAAUUUUAGUUGACCGGUUGCUAACCGCAAUUCAGGCCGAAGUUCAAGAAAAUGGCGAUGAAGCCGAAGAACAAACCACCAACGGUGACAUGGAAUCUAUUGGAGUUGACGAAGCGGCUUCAGAAUCAAUGGAAACCAGCCAGGAAAUUCUGCAGCCCGUGGGAGACACCUCCAAAGAAGACGUGACAGUUGCGCCAGUAGCACCAGUUCCAGCGAAAUCGCCUGAGGCACCAGUUCCAGCUGAAUCGCCUGAGGCACCAGGUUCUGUUCCGUUGGAAGAUACUUCCUCAUCCGCGCCCAAGGAAGCCAUGGAAGAACCUGCAGUUCCUUGUGCAAACAUUGAUGAAGUGUCUGAGAGUGUACCUUCCACAACCCAUGCUCCAAGUUUUCUCAGUGAUGGCCCGAAACCUACAACUGCUCAUGAACAGGAGAAACCCUCCGAAGAACAGGAGUCUCUUCCUGUUGAAGAGGUCCAGGCAGAACUUUCGCAGCAACCGAAGGAGGAAGUACAAGAACCUGAUCAGGUAUGCCAAACCGACCCUGAAGGCACUUCUGUGAAAACAGAAGCGGAUCAUGUUGAAGCGAAGUCCGAGGUGGAGAAAAUGGAAACUGAUGCGCCUUUGACUGAGGCUACAAAAGUUGAAGAACAUUCUAUCAAAGAGGAGAAGCCUGCUGUUGAUGAGAAGUUGGACCAAUCGAGGAUUUCGGAAAGGGAAGAAGCCGUCAUACCACUGGUGAUUCCGGAGUUCGAUGAAACAAAAGUUCUUCUAGACUGGUGUAUGUUUCUAAUAUUCUUCGCGUCCAACAUCAAAUUGACUCUCACGCCGGUUCUCCUUGCAGAUAACUCAGAUCUACAUUUGGCGAUAGACAAAGAUAAUUUAACACUUGCUGCACCUCUCAAUGAAGUUCCUGGCUUCGGUUACGUUUGGGCUGGUGCACGGGCCACUUACGGGUUCACAAAAGGAAAAAUUUUCUACGAAGCUAAAUUGUUGGAACAUUUGGUAAUUUCCGGAAUUGAAGAUGAGCCUGCUCCCCAUGUCUUGCGGGUCGGGUGGUCCGUGGAUUCGCCGAAUUGUCAACUGGGCGAAGAUCCACUUUCGUAUGGUUACGGAGGAACAGGAAAAUCUGCAAAUUGUGGAACAUUCGCCGAUUAUGGUGUCAGCUUCUCUGCUGGAAAUGUUAUUGGCGCUUAUAUUGAUCUCGACGCAAAUCCCAUCACGAUGUCGUUCACCGUUGAUGGUGCCGAUCAAGGUGUUGCCUUCAAUAUUAAUCGAGAUGAUUUGUCCGAAAAGCCACUGUUUCCGCAUGUGUUGAGUAAGAACGUCAAGUUCGAAGUAAAUUUUGGAGAUCGUGCGGAUGGACCGUAUUUCCAGCAUCCUGAGCAAUUGCUGGGGCAUGUCUCGUGUGCUGAAGUUGCGCUUGAAGAUCGUGUCCGUGGGCCUCUGCCGCCUGAAAAGAAGGAAGAUUGUGAGCUCCUCAUGAUGGUGGGACUCCCUAGUUGUGGGAAAACAACGUGGGCGAACAAGUAUUCCAGUGAGCACCCGGACAAGAAAUUUAACGUCUUGAGCACGAACUUCUUGUUGGACCGCAUGAAGGUGAUGGGAUUGGCGAAGAAAAGGAAUUACGCUGGUCGUUGGGAAGUGCUGAUAGAAAAGAGCACGAAGUGCUUAAAUGUCUUGCUGCGCCUUGCGGGAAGUCGUCUUCGCAACUAUAUCAUCGAUCAGACAAAUGUAUACCCGUCGGCGAGGCGGCGAAAGCUCAAGAGUUUUGAGGGAUUCGCCACGAAGGCCAUUGUCAUAGUACCAACCGAUGAUGAGUACAAGAAACGACAGGAAAAAGUUGAAAAGGAGGAAGGGAAGGAUGUUCCUGAUACAGCCGUAAUGGAUAUGAAGGCGAACUUCACGCUGCCGAAGGAAAGUGAUGUUGGCGAGAUAGUUUUCGUUGAGCUGGACCGUGAAGAAGCACAGAAGAUCGUGGAUACUUAUAACAAGGAGGGUAAGGAGGCUAAUGCGAGGCGUUCUUCGUCCAACCAAGGAGGUUCUCCUGCGAAACGUUUUCGUUCGGAUGGACGUGAUGAUCGACGUAAUGAUUCCAGAGACCGUGACCGCCGUAGUAACGAUUACGGCAGACGUGACGACAGAGGAUAUCAAGGCCGUGGAGGAUCCUGGCGUGGUGGCGAUGCUGGGCGCGGAGGUGGCGGCGGCGGUUGGAAUAACUACAAUCGCGAUCGUUGGAACGGCAGAUCGGGUGGUGGCGGUGACCGAGGUUGGCGUGGCGGUGGUGACCGAGCUUGGGGAGGAGAUCGAAGCGGAGGUAUGAGACAAGGUUACGGAGGUGGUGACCGGCGGAACGAUCGCGACGGUGGGCGCCAAGGCGGUGGUGGUGACAGAGGCGGCGGUUAUGGAAACCGUGGAGGUGGCGCAUAUGCAGGUGGUCGAGAUUUCAGAGGUAGUCGUGACUCGCGAGGAAGAGACGACGGACGUUAUCAGCCGUAUCCCCGACGGGACGAUCGUGGCGGAGGAGGUGGAAGACAGCCGCCAUUCCAAAGAGAUUCCCGUGGUGGUCAGCAAUCAGGUUAUCAGGGCGGUAGUUCAAUGGGGAGAGGUUACGGAGCUACAUCCAGCGUUCGUCCAUGGAAUCAAAGCUCCGGUGUGUUUCUGCCAUUCGGCAAUUCUUUCGAAUGGCGUUUCGUAUCGUUCAUGUCGUCCCUCGUGUUGCUCAUGAAGGCUUUUCUUUUGCCGCAUGUACAUAUAGUCGUGGAGGAAGCUACGGUGGUUCCGGUGGAAGUAGUUUUUCAGCUGGAGGCUACAGAGCUCCGGUUGCGCAAACCUUCGCUGGAGCUGGAGCUGCUGCUUCAAAUCCAGUUGCGGCCCCAACAGCGUGGUCCUCUUCGACAGGAGCGGGAUCCGGAGCUGCUUGGGCAACUCAACAGGCUGGUCAGCCUGCUGCCGCAAAUGCCUGGUCCGGUGUCCAAGUGAGGGCUUUUUUUAUUAUACUGUAUGUUCCUAGAAGAAAGUUCUCGGUGAUCGUGAUGCUGUCUGAAUUUUAAUUUUUAAAGCGAAGUCGGGAGGAAUUGCAGGUUUGACGUACUUCCAUUUGAUUUCUCUAAUUAUGUUGAGGUUCGUUUUUUUUUUUUUUGGAGUAGCAAAAGUAGGGAAAUCAGUUCUGCUUCCGUAUGUCGAGAAAAGUUCGCACUGACACCUGCUGACAGUUCCGCAUACUGAAAAAGACGAUCAAGUAGAGCCUAUCUUGAAGCUUGAUUUUCCUGUGCUGUGGUGAGCCCAAAAUUGUCUACCUCUCCCCAAUUCGCUUUUUUCUUCGUCGCAUGGAUUGGUAUUGUUUGUUGAUAUACUGUAGAGUAUAUCCAAGUUAAAAUGCGUGAUAGUGUUACACAAAAUAUUGCGGUAAUUGCAUACAAUUUGGCACUUGGAUAGACUUCCCCUUUCGUCUAUGUCGUCCCUCGUGUUGCUCAUGAAGGCUUUCCACAUGCCGCGUGUAGUGUCUUAACGGGACGGAAAUUAAAAAAAAAUCCAUAUUUUUUGUGUCUACUAAAAAUCAUUGUAGUAGAUUUCAAAAUGUGGAUUUACAGUGGAUUAAAUUCAUCAUGAUUGCUUCCAUGCUGUGUUGAGCUCCCGAGUUACUCAUUUUACGCCCCCGUAACUCAUUUUAUUUUCCCAUAAACUGAUUUUUGUGUGAGGUUAGUCUGAUACUGAUGAAAAGUGGUAAGUUAUGGGUUUUAAUAUAUUGUUCCUGUGAGCAUAGGGUUCGGGAUCUGUCUGUUCUGGUGUAGCCUGAAUGAUGGGCGGACGUACAAAUGAGAAGGACCUUAGUACUGAUAGAACUUUCGGGUCGAGUGUGUAAUUUUAAUUGAAAACCCUCGAUUUUUCAAAUCGAUUGUUUGGGUCGAGCGUGUUUUUAAAUGUAGAGUGGGAAGAGUUAUCUGAAAAUCUUAGAUGUUUUGCGAUUCGUAUGAAAUUUUGUUCGUGUCUUGUACACUUUUAAAUGUGAAUUAUUCUUGACAGUGGAGCCACUAUGGAUCAGGUGGUGGAAGCGGAGGAGCCGGAUAUACGCGCUAAGCCUGAGAAAAAUUGACGCAAGGAGUGCUUUGCUCUUCAACCUCACUUCGUUAUUUUCGUUUAAUCUGAGUUUCCCGAUUUGUACAUCAAAUUUUUGAAUACUCCCGUCAUUUUUUUCGCGAAAAAGAAUUGGGUCGAAUGUGAACUGUUGACGUGGUGUGCGUGGUGACGAUGAAAAGGUAGUUUUUGUUCCAGAAAUCACUGAGGGGGAUUUUGAAGCGGUGUGAAGUGUUCUUUAUUUGAAGGUUCACCGGAUGAACAUUGUUGCGGGUUCAGAUCUCCGCCGGACAUCUUGUGACAUUUUCUGGUUUCGAAUACUGCAAUCGAAUAUUUCAUUUUAAUUUUUGUUCGUUGAUCACAUGUGGGCGUUGUUGCUGCGUGUUGGUAUUUUUGUUUUCAUAGAACUUUUAACUGCGUACAAAUCGGAUAUAUGUUGUGAAAAGUUGUUCUCCAGUUUUUACUCCACCUUUUUAUUUAUUCUACGGUUCUUAUUUUUUAUUCGCCGCGGCUCCAAUUUUCCUCACUGCUGUUUCUUUGAUAUUCGUUGUCCAAAAUUCAUGCUACUGUUGGUUUGAAGCGGGAUCGUAGUACGAAUUUUGUCUACGGAAGAAUUACAAUACAGUGUCGAGUAUGUUUGAAA